CGGCCGUUUCCGGCGCGGGCCGUUCGAAGGCGGGCGGCAUGGCGGAGCUGGACUCGUCGCUGUCGCUGCUGGAGGUGGGCGGCGGGUGGGACGCGGCGGCGGCGGCGGCGGCGGCGGGGAGGCGGCCGCAGCCUCAGCCGCAGCCACCGCCUGCCGGGCAGGCGGAGGGCGACGAGGAGGACCUGAUGCCCAUGGUGUUCCUGUGCGCCGGCUGCAAGCGGCCUGUGGGCGACACGCUGAGCUGGGUGACCAAUGACGAGGAGACGGGCUGCGUCCUGCUGCGCAGUGCCUCCGCCAGCGUCUCGGUGGACAAGGAGCAGAAGCUGUCCAAGCGGCCCGGCGAGUGCGGAUGCAUGAUUGAAACAUUGUUCUGCUCUGGCUGCUCGAUGACGCUCGGCAACAUCUACAGAUGCACCCCGAAGCAUCUUGACUACAAGAGGGAUUUAUUCUGUUUCAGCGUUGACUCGAUUGAAAGUUACGUUUUAGGAUCUUCAGAAAAGCAGGCUGUUACUGAUGAAGAACCUUUAACUCUCGAAAGUCGAGCUGCCUUGGAAGAAGCACUAGAAAGGGCAGACACCAUACUAAAGGCUCUGGAGGCAAGACUGACUGCUGUUGAAUCGAGUAUUGAUUCUCUUCACAAUAAUGUCUGAUUCUCUUCACAAUAAUCUUUGAAAGAAAACUUCCUGCAUCUAAACUAACUGCUGGAGAAGGAUACGUGUGAAACUUGUCCUUUUAAUACUUUGGAAUCUGUGGGAACACUGUGAAAGCUGAGCAAAGAAAUGAAAGACAAAAGUGGCUCAUGUUGCAGUAGAACAAUACUGGCUACAGUUCUUCACCACAGAUGAGGAGUUUCCUCUAAAGAGAAUACCCCAAGAAGAAUUUUUAAAUGGUGUUACUAUAGACUUUUGUUUCAUAUGUAAAUAUUUAUUUAAAUUUUUACCUCUGAAAGCAAAGCAUUUAUCUCCUAAUUUCGCUGCAAACCUAUAUCUGCUGAACUGGGUUUGUAUCCUUCCUAAACUAAUUAAAAAUAAAAAAAAUAAAA